GCCAAAGUAAAAAACGGCACUCAAUAUUAUUCAAAGAUCGAGAUACAUGGCAACGUCAGGAACAUAUGUGACGGAGGUCCCGUUGAAAGGUUCAGCAGAGAAACACUACAAGAGGUGGAAGAGUGAGAAUCACCUCUUCCCUGACGCGGUCGGCCACCACAUUCAAGGUGUCAAAGUCCACGAUGGCGAUUGGGAUUCUCAUGGAUCCAUCAAGAUUUGGAACUACACAUGCGAUGGGAAGCAAGAGGUGUUCAAGGAGAGAAGAGAGAAUGACGAUGAGAAUAUGACGGUAACGUUUAGAGGACUCGAAGGUCACGUGAUGGAGGACCUUAAAGUCUAUGACCUCAUCUUUCAGUUCAUUCAGAAGUCGGCUGAUGAUAUCGUCUGCAAGUUCACUAUGAUAUGGGAGAAGCGAACCGAUGACUCGCCUGAGCCAAUCAACUACAUGAAGCUCGUCAAGAACAUCGUUGCUGACAUGGACCACCACGUUAUUAAAUCCUAAAUCCCUUUCACAAAUUUCACCGCCGUCAUAUAUAUAUGGCUCCAUUUGUGUGUGUGUGUGUGUGUGUCUUUGUAUGGUGGUUUCAGUAUAAUAAAGGGGCUCUUGAAUGGUUUUAUUAAGUAUAUAUAUAUAUCACUGAUCGGUCUUGUAAUAUGCUCUAAUUAUGCUGUUAAUUAUGGUGAUUACUUGCA